AUGGAGCUGCAUGGUUAUCGCUUGUGUCGUUGGCGACUGGUGCUCGUUGGCCUUGGCGUGCUGUGUACAGGGGGCUUCCUCCUCUUGUUGCUGUAUUGGAUGCCAGAGUGGUGCGUCAAAUCCACCUGCACCCGUACUGCAGCGCGGGACGCAGAAGUGGUGCUGUUGCAAUCCACUGAUGAGUUUCGACGUUGGUUCUUGGCCAAGGUACGAGUGAUGCUUGCCCCAGGAAGGAACCCCUUCCACAGCCUGGAGACCCAGACCACCUCCGCUCCGUCCUCUCCCACAUGUCCCGUCUCAUCCGACUCAUCUCACCCUUUGGCCAACGGAUACACACCUCAACCUUCAAAUGGCAGCCCUGAUCAGGAGCUUGUCAAAAGAUAUGGUGACUACCAACCCUCACAGAUCCGUUACUUUACUUUUCAUAGUACAAAGUAUUAUUGGAAUGACGAAAAGCAGAACUUCGAAGUUUUAAAUGGCCUGGAGGAUCUGCAGCUCAGCUGCUCUAAACUCCAUACAGAACAUAGUAAGGGUCUAUCCCGAAACCAGCAGGAGUACAGGAGAUUGUUCUUUGGAAUGAAUGAAAUUGCAGUGAAAGUGCCUUCUGUUUUCAAGCUGCUCAUCAAAGAGGUCCUCAACCCUUUCUACAUUUUUCAACUCUUCAGUGUCAUCCUGUGGUGCACUGAUGAGUAUUACUACUAUGCUAUAGCCAUUGUUUUUAUGUCGGUCAUAUCCAUUGCUACCUCUCUGUACACCAUCAAAAAGCAAUAUGUCAUGCUUCAUGAUAUGGUGGCAGCUCAUAGUAUUGUCCGUGUAUCUGUUUGCCGAGCCAACAAUGUUAUCGACGAGGUUUUGUCCACCGACCUUGUGCCUGGUGAUGUGAUGGUCAUCCCUAGUAAUGGGACCAUCAUGCCUUGUGAUGCUGUGCUAAUCAGCGGCACCUGCAUUGUCAAUGAAAGCAUGCUCACAGGUGAAAGUGUUCCAGUAACAAAGACCAACCUUCCAAAUCCAUUACCAGGCGACAGGGGCAAUUCUGACUGUGCCUACAACACAGAAGAGCACAAGAGACACACACUCUUCUGUGGCACCAACAUCAUCCAGACGCGUUUCUACACAAGCGAACUGGUGAAAGCACUGGUGGUUCGUACAGGUUUCAGCACAGCAAAAGGCCAACUUGUGCGCUCCAUUCUUUACCCAAAACCCACUGACUUCAAGCUGUAUCGAGAUGCCUACCUCUUCCUCUUGUGUCUAGUUGGCGUGGCAGGAAUUGGUUUUAUCUACUCCAUUAUCCUCAGUAUCAUAAAAGAGGUUUCUGCUGGCACCAUAGUUAUUGAGUCUUUGGACAUUAUCACUAUCACAGUGCCACCUGCACUUCCAGCUGCCAUGACGGCCGGUAUUGUGUACGCUCAGAGACGUCUCAAACAGAUUGGAAUAUUUUGCAUUAGUCCACAAAGAAUAAAUAUAUGUGGGCAGAUCAAUCUGGUCUGCUUUGACAAGACAGGUACUCUGACUGAAGACGGUUUAGAUCUCUGGGGAGUGCAGAGGGUAGAGAAUGGCAGUUUUCUUCCCUCGGAAGAAACUGCCUACAAGGAGAGUCUUGUCAAAUCUCAGUUUGUGGGCUGCAUGGCCACCUGCCAUUCGCUUACCAAAAUAGAGGGCCAGCUGUCGGGGGACCCACUGGACCUCAAAAUGUUUGAGGCUACAGGCUGGUUCCUGGAAGAGGCCACAGAGGAAGAAACGUCUCUCCACAAUAGAAUUAUGCCCACAGUAGUGCGUCCUCCAAAACAAUUGUUGCCCCAAGACGCCCCUCUAACAGCUGAAGACAACAUGGAACUUUAUGAACUAUCAUCUGCCUAUGAGAUUGGUAUUGUGCGUCAGUUUCCAUUUUCGUCAGCGCUGCAGAGGAUGAGUGUUGUUGCCCGUUUGUUGGGGGAGAAGCGAAUGGAUGCAUAUAUGAAAGGAGCCCCAGAAGUUGUGGCCAGUCUUUGCAAACAUAAUACAGUACCAGCAAAUUUUGGAGACAUUUUGGAGGGUUACACCAAAGAGGGUUUCAGGGUAAUAGCCCUGGCUCAUCGUCGCCUUGAAUCAAAGCUUUCUUGGCACAAGGUUCAAAAUAUCAGCAGGGACCAUAUUGAGAAAAAUAUGGAGUUUUUAGGGUUAAUCAUCAUGCAAAAUAAACUUAAGACGGAAACCCCAGGAGUGCUGAGAGACUUGCAUCAAGCUCAUAUUCGCACAGUCAUGGUGACAGGUGACAACAUGCUGACAGCCAUCUCCGUAGCCAGAGACUGUGGGAUGAUUUCUCCUCAGGACAAAGUCAUCAUUGCAGAGGCCUUUCCUCCCCAUGAUGGACAGUCAGCCAGAAUCAACUGGAGAUACGCUGACAAGCCAAGCAAAGCAACUCGUCUAGAGGAAAUAAACAUCAGUCUAGAGGAUGUGUGCCAUGUGGAUGAGCCCAAAACCAGAGAAUUGUUCCACUUUGCUAUGAACGGAAAGUCUUUCGCUGUCAUAGCUGAACACUUCCCCGACAUGCUGCAAAAGUUGGUUUUGCAUGGAACAGUAUUCGCCAGAAUGGCGCCAGACCAGAAAACCCAACUCAUUGAAACACUACAAGGUGUAGAUUACUACGUUGGCAUGUGUGGAGAUGGCGCAAAUGACUGUGGAGCUCUGAAAAGGGCACAUGGAGGGAUCUCUCUGUCAGAACUAGAAGCUUCAGUGGCCUCGCCCUUCACCUCCAGAACACCAAACAUCUCCUGUGUCCCCAGCCUCAUCAGGGAAGGACGUGCUGCUCUCAUCACCUCAUUUUGUGUGUUUAAGUUUAUGGCCCUCUACAGCAUCAUCCAAUAUAUAAGUGUUACUCUCCUGUAUUCUAUCCUCAGUAACCUUGGGGACUUUCAGUUUCUCUUCAUUGACCUUGCCAUCAUCCUCCUGAUUGUCUUUACCAUGAGUUUGAAUCCCGCCUGGAAAGAGUUGGUGUCUCGGCGUCCUCCUUCAGAUCAUUGUUUGCUUGAGCUUCCAAACUAUGACAUUCAUCUGGGUCAAAGAGCAGUCCUGGUACGAAGUUUGGACUCCACAGUCCGAUGUCUGCAACAAAUCAAGGAAAACCAUUUAGACAACCUAGCUACAAGAAUUGGCCUUUUGUCGUAUCUACAUUGA